AUGGAGCCUACUGUGCUUUACAAGGGUCUUUUGUAUGACAUUCUUUCCGAGGUGCUCAAAGGUGAUAUCGACGGCCCAAUCUUGUUUAGCAAGGUCCUCAGUGAUCUUGCUCCCACCACCAAUUAUAGUGUCACCGUGGACCCGGGAACAGGAGAAAUCGGUAUCAAUGACAUCACCCCUUAG